GCAAAACCAUCAUAAUCUAUCUUCUCAUCCAGUCUCUGUCGCCAUUCAUCGAAAUGCCUAUCAUAUCCUUUGUGAAAGUUUUAUCUGGGAUGCUUCUUCCUCAAGUACUGGCAACAAGCUUUCCAAUGUAUACAGCGUUGAAAACUGUCCAGUACAACAGCACCCUUGAAAUCACGUUUCACAAUCCCGCAUCGACCAUAAAUUCUUGGAGCUAGGAUAUCCAAGUUGGGAUGACCGAUAUUGUCCGUCGUCUCCAGAUAGACAACCAGACUACGGUUGUCAUCUUCAAAAGUGACGUUCCCAAAUUCUUUCUCAAUCACCUAGACCCUGCAAUUCUAACUAUUGAUAAUGCGGUGGAAAAUUUUGCAAUGCUCAUGUACAAUAUCUCGGUUUUGCCUCAAAUAACGAUCGGUGCUGUAGAGGUUCGAGGUCGGCUUGGAACUUUCCCUGGCGGCGGAGGAAGUCAGCAGCUCCACAGACUGAUUGGACGGGGCCGGGCAAUGGAAUACAUUCUUACCUCCAAGGAUAUCACGCCCCAAGAGGCGGAGAGGAUCGGCUGGAUCAACAAGGCCUUCGACUCUUCCCAGGAAAUGUAUCAGUACAUCAGCGAGAUCACUUCACGGCUCACUCUUUUUCCACGUGGAGGUGUUCUUGCGGCUAAGGCAGCUAUCAAUUACCGUGCCAAUCCUUUGCGCGCAGAUUACGAACGUGACGUUGGCUUCUUCGGUCCCUUACUAGCUAAUCCAGAUUUCCCCCAGAUUCUCAGCAAGGCUACUGCCUUGACAAAGAAUUUUACUGCUGGUGAGGCAGAGCUAAACUUUGGAGAAGAUGUUGUUCAGAUAUAUGAGUAACGCGAAAAAGUCUCUGUAAUAUAUUUGAAUAUUAUUUAAAUAUCUGUGUUCUAUGUAAAAUUAGUGGAUCA